CUGUGUGACGGUGACGCGAUCAUGCCGUACCGCGACGUCAUGACGUCACUGACCGCGCAAACUUCCACCAGCGGAGAGACGAGAGGAACAGACUGCUGCUCAGAAAAGCAAGCCAUGGCCUUAACGCAGGUGUCGUCCAAUAAGUGCUGCGGUGGAUACCAGAAAGUGUUUGAGCAUGACAGCUCUGAGCUAAAAUGCAAGAUGAAGUUUGGUAUCUACCUCCCUCCUAAGGCUGAAAGUGGAAAAUGUCCCGUGCUGUAUUGGCUCUCUGGACUGACCUGCACUGAGCAGAACUUCAUCACCAAAGCAGGAAGCCAACGGGCUGCCUCCGAGCACGGCAUCAUCAUCGUGGCCCCAGAUACGAGCCCACGUGGCUGCAAUAUCGAAGGAGAAGACGAGAGCUGGGAUUUUGGAACAGGAGCCGGUUUUUAUGUCGAUGCUACGCAGGAGCCAUGGAAGAGCAAUUAUCGCAUGUACUCCUAUGUUACUGAAGAGCUGCCACGUUUAAUAAACUCAAAUUUCCCUGUUGAUCCGGAGAAGAUGUCUGUUUCGGGGCAUUCUAUGGGGGGCCACGGCGCUCUCAUAUGUGCCCUGAAGAAUCCUGGAAAAUACAAGGCUGUUUCUGCCUUUGCCCCCAUCUGUAACCCCAUGCAGUGUGCUUGGGGACAGAAGGCGUUUUCAGGCUACCUGGGAUCUGAAAAAUCCACCUGGGAGGCUUAUGAUGCUACAGUCCUGGCUGCCUCGUACUCGGGUCCAGAACUGGACAUUUUGAUCGAUCAGGGCCGUGACGACCAGUUCCUGUCGGCCAGUCAGCUGCUUCCUGAUAACCUCAUCGCAGCCUGUUCGGAAAAGAAAAUCCCCGUCGUGUUUCGACUUCAGCAGGGCUACGACCACAGCUAUUACUUUGUGUUCACGUUCAUCGACGACCACAUCAAACACCACGCAAAGUAUCUGAACGCGUGAGAGCAGAAAAACAACCACAUUUCACAACAUAAAAAAACAACAAUAAAAAAUAUUAUGUUGUGAUGUCAUUUGUCAGUCUGAUUUGUCUGAUCUCUAGGAUUUCAAUAAAGCCUUUGACUAAGA